AUGUCCAGACUCGGGUUUUCGAAGCACUGGUUCGCCAUCGAGGCGAUCCCUAUAUACAUGAUCGUAGGUGGGACAAUGGCCGGUGCCGGCCUAUACCUCACUCGCCUCGCCCGUGGUCCUCAUGUCGUCUGGACGAAGGAGAACCCGCAGCCCUGGAAUAGCGUUCGGGAGAACGACAGAGUCAAAAUGAUGGCCAUCAAUCAAGACUUUGACCAGAAAUGGACCCGUGGUAGGAAGAGCACGUCGGCAGGAGUAUGA